ACAAAGAAACAAAGUAAGAAGAAAUACAAAGUGCAUGAAGGCAAGUAUAAGGGAAGGAAGCAAAAGGGACAAGCAGCAGACAGACCUAUGGAAGAGGGGGAAAGAAUACAGAAAAGAGAUGCCCAUGAGACUUCUCUGAACUUAAGGUGUACCUGUUGCUAAUCCCAUGCGUAGCAGCUCUCGCAAGGCAGGGAAAGAAAACGGCGGCAGCAGCUAACAAGGUAACAGUCACUUCUAUAAGAGGGGGAGAGGAAAACCAACGGAACUGAUAAAACAACCAAAUCAACCGAACUGAAGACUGACUACACCCCAAGGACCCAACACAGACCCAUACAUACAGAGAUUUGGCUGACAACUUGAUAUCCUUUGCUGCUAUUAAGCAUAUGGCAAGUGUCAGCCCACAACAGACAAAAACUGAGCUCCUUCAUCUCCAAGGAGAUGGACAUCCUUUGCCUCGCCGUGGUUUUGCUCCCUUGGGUAGCCGGGCUGGACUUCGGCUACCACCACACGAAGGAGAUGGAAGCUUUUCUGAAGGACGUGCACAAGAAUUACUCCUCCAUCACUCACUUGUAUAGCAUUGGCAAAUCCGUGCAAGGUAGAGACCUGUGGGUUCUUGCUCUGGGAAGGUUUCCAACCCAACAUAAGAUUGGCAUACCAGAGUUCAAGUAUGUUGCUAAUAUACAUGGGGAUGAGACAGUCGGGCGGGAGCUGCUGCUCCAUUUGAUAACAUUUUUGGUGACCAGUGAUAAGCAUGAUCCAGUCAUUACAAGGCUGAUUGACAGCACCCGGAUACACAUCAUGCCUUCAAUGAACCCUGAUGGAUUUGAAGCGGCGAAGUAUUAUUCUUGUCGCCCCACAGUGGGCAGGUACAAUAGUAAUUACCAAGAUUUGAACAGAGAUUUUCCAGAUCCUUUCUUCUGUAAUAAUGUCACGAUCCAGCCAGAGACUCAAGCAGUGAUGGACUGGAUAAUAAAUGGGAUGUUUGUCCUAUCUGCUAAUCUGCAUGGUGGAUCAUUGGUUGCUAGUUACCCUUUUGACAAUGGCAGUUUAGCUACUAUUUCUCCAGAAGGCAUUAGCAAAACUCCAGAUAAUGAUGUUUUUGUGUACCUUGCAAAAACAUAUGCUAACAACCAUGCCACGAUGUAUAAAGGGCUUGCAUGUCAGGAUUACUUUCCAGAUGGCAUUACAAAUGGCUUUGCCUGGUACAGCCUGAAAGGUGGGAUGCAGGAUUUUAACUACGUCUGGGGACAGUGUUUUGAAAUUACAUUGGAACUAUCAUGUUGUAAAUAUCCACCACAAGGGGAGCUACUGUCCUUCUGGAAUGACAAUAAACGGGCUUUGAUUGAAUACAUUAAACAAGUCCACCUAGGUGUAAAAGGUCGUGUCUUGGAUAAGAAUGGAGAACCAAUUACAAAUGCGAUAGUAGAGGCUAAAGGAAGAAGGCAUAUCUGUCCUUACAGAACCAAGAGAAAUGGAGAAUAUUAUCUUCUCCUUCUGCCUGGGAUCUACCAAAUUAAUGUAACAGUACCUGGCUCUAGAUCGAUGAUACAGACUCUGCGUGUACCAAAUGGCACAGAAAAUUUCAGUGCCAUGAUCCACGACUUCAUUUUCCCUCGUGUAGCUGCCAUAACACAACCUGCUUCUUGCCCUAUGAAACCGCUUUAUUCCGAGUAUAACCAAAAAAGCACAUCAGCUGUACUGAAACCCUCUAUUAAUGCUCUCAUUUUAAUUAUUUUAUAUGUAAAUUUCUGAUAAAGCCUUAAGUUGUGUGUGCGCUUUUGAAAGUACUUGAACAAAAACUGUCAUCAUAACUGAAUAUAUGACUUAAAUUGGCUAGACAAUCAAUAAAUAUUGACUAUUUCCAUGUAAA